AUGGACACUGCUACAGUGAUCGAGUGUUUCAGGAACAAGAGCAUCCUAAUCACCGGCUCGACAGGCUUCGUCGGGAAAAUGCUGGUGGAGAAGAUACUGAGGGUUCAGCCGGAUGUGAAGAAGCUCUACCUCCUCGUACGCUCAUCUCUAUCACAAUGUUGGAUCCCUCUCAAAGCUUUCGAAAAAAAACUCUUUGAUGUUCUGAGGGACGAUCAUAGGGCUAAUUUCAACUCCUUCAUCCAAGCUAAAAUUUCUCCUCUACCUGGAGACAUUGUGCACGACAACUUUGCACUUAACAGCUCUACCAUUGAACGCCUCUCCCAGGAGAUUGAUGUCAUUGUCAGUGUGGCUGCCUUCUAUGAGAUGUACGAUAACGCUUUGGCAUCAAAUUCCCUAGGGGUUGCCAACAUGUGCCAAUUUGCAAACAAGUGUGCUAAUCUCAAAAUGCUCCUUCGUGUUUCCACUGCCUUUGUAGUUGGGGAGCAAGAAGGCCUGAUACUAGAGAAGCCAUUCAAUACAGGAGAAAAGCUGAGGGGUUACCAUUUUAACAUUCAAUCUGAGCUCAAAUUAGUUGAUAGUGUUAAGUCAAAACUCAGGAUACAAUCGUCCACCGAUAAACUUGUAAAGAAGACAAUGAAGGAACUUGGAUUAAAAAGGGCUAGGCACUUUGGUUGGCCUAACGUAUAUUCACUAACAAAGGCUAAGGGGGAGAUGUUACUUGGAGACUUGGGACGGGACCUUCCUGUUGUCAUAGUGCGCCCAAGUAUCAUAACAAGCACUUUCCAGGAUCCAAUGCCGGGAUGGACAGAAGGAACUAGGACAAUUGAUAUGCUGUAUGUUGCCUAUAAUGACCAAAAGCUUCCAUGCUUCAUCGCAGAUCCUAUUGUCCUAUUCGAUCUGAUACCGGGAGAUAUGGUGAUUAAUGCAAUGAUGGUUGCCAUGGCUAGUCACUGGGAUCAGCAAGGAACUCAAGUGAUUUACCAUGUGGUCUCCGGUAAUCGUAACCCACUACGAGGUUCUGUUACGGUGGAAUCAAUGUAUCAAUACUUUAGUGAAAAUCCCCGCGUAACCAAGGAUGGGAAAAUCGUCAAGAAUAAAAGGGUUCUUACUUUCAAAAUUUUUGCAAACUUUCAUCUAUACAUGAUUGUACGGUAUAAGUUACCUCUAGAGAUGUUGCAUGCGGUUAAUGUAUUUGGGGGUAUGUUAUCUCAGCGUUACAAGAAACUCAGCCGAGGCUACAGUUUCUUAAUACCUGUUGCAAUGUUGUAUGUUCCUUAUGUAUUCUUCAAAGGGCGCUUUGACGACACAAAUAUGAGUAAGCUGUGGGCGGGAACUGCUGCAGGCCAGAAUGACGAUUCCUUGGUAAGUUGUGAUCCUGCGUGCAUCAACUGGGUCUUAUACCUCGUGAACACACACAUCCCUGCUGUUUUGGAGUAUGCUAAGAAUAAUAACCAGAUGAAGCAAGCAGGCAACAUCAAGGUUUUGCAGGGCGGCCUCAAUGAUGUUACUGACGCUGACAUCGACACAGACGGCACCGACACCGAUGGUGGCGCCGAGACCGGCGGGGAAGUCGAUGGUGACAAUGUGGUGUCCGUGUAUGAGCAGAACAACCACAUUGACCACCCUGAAUGCACGACAGUGACAAUUUGGAGCCCCAUUGAUAUUGAUGAUGCCGACGUCCUUACCCCCAGAAGUGGCAAGGCGCCCAAGAGUCGAGAUGAGCCGGACUUUGUGUUUUUCUUUGUUGGCUGGUAG